AUGGCACAGCCAGAGGACAAGGCCUCAGCAGGCCCCACCGAUGGGGAGAGACUAAUCCCAUCACAGGCGAAUGGAGCAGGUGAGACCCCCUUAAGAGUCCUUGGGACCCCAGAGCCACUCAUUCGCCUUCAGAGGACAUGGGGGGUGUGGCAGAUCCCAGAGCUGGAUGCCCAGGAUGCAAAAGCCCUUCUGGAGCUGUGGCCACCAGGGAGUUUCCUGGUCAUAGGACAUGAUCCCAGACAGGUCCUUGUGUUGAGGACAGGACCUUCACCAGGGGAAAUCGACACCUACCAGAUCCUGAAGCUUCCUGGAGGUGUGUCUCUGGAGUCCUCUAACCUCUGGAUGUCAGACCUGCCCCAUCUCCUGGCCUUCCUAUCAGCCAGCAGGGAUGUUUUGCCCAGAACACUGCUCUUACCCCCUCCCACUCUAGGGCCUGGAGACCAAAACACAGAUCCUCCGCAGAUUGGCAGCAUCCAACUCAACACCUCAGGGAGGGUGUUCUUUGUGGUGAACAAACUCUACCUGGAGACCCACAGAGGGUGGGAGAUGGAGCAGACGCCCCCAGAGACAACUCCAGAGACUGCCGAGAGACAUGGUCCAGCCCCCAGGAACCCAGCCCCUCACCAGGUCUCCUGGGUGGAAGGCCCACUCAGCCCGGAAGUACACCAUCCUAGGCCAGCUCUGGCCAGCCCGGUGGAAGAGAAGGAGGAUGACUACAGAGAUGGAGAAGAGGGAGCUGAGGAUGCGCUCACACGUCACAUCCAGGCUCUAGCCAGGGCCCGGAGCAGCUACGUGGCCAGGCAGUUCCGGGGCUUUCGGGUGCGCCUCACCUCAGAGGCUGAAGGUCCCCACAGGCCUGGGGACCCGGCCACAGAGCUGCUUCAGGAUAUGCGGCACCUCCUUGCUGACCUCCAAGAUCACUUAGCAAAGGACCCCGAUGUCAGGGCUGUCUUUGAGAGCAGGGCUCCCGGGGCCCCCCAGAAGGACGAGGAUCUAGGCCCCGCGGUGGAGGCGGCCCUGUGCCGGGCGGUGCUGGCGCCCCUGAAGCCGGCCCUGUGGACUCGACUCCGCACGCUCCGCGCCCCAGCUCUGCGGCAACUGCGGCGGCGACAGAUAGCCCUGCGGAUGGAGGCGGGGCCUCCGGGAGCUCAGGGGGCGGGGCAUGAGAGGCGGGGCCCCGUCCCCGCCCUGCGAAGCCGCAUCCACGCGCGCCUGGCGCGCCUCCACUCAGCCUGCGACCCACGCCGCAAGGUGUCGCUCCUGCUGGCGGUGUGCAGUGAUGUCUACGAGGGCCUGGCUCGGGACGAAAACCAAGAGCCCCUGGGGGCCGACGCCUUCCUGCCAGCGCUAACAGAGGAACUAAUCUGGAGUCCCGACAUUGGGGAGACUCAGCUCGACGUGGAGUUUCUCAUGGAGCUCUUGGAUCCGGACGAGCUACGGGGAGAGGCCGGGUACUACCUGACCACGUGGUUUGGGGCCCUGUACCACAUUGCCCACUACCAGCCCGACACGGGCCGCGCGCCCCAGGGGCUCAGCUCUGAGGCCCGGGCCUCCCUGCGCCAGUGGCACCGCAGGCGGACGCUGCAUAGACAGAGCCCCACCGAAGCCCAGGCCAAGCUGCCCUUUGAGGAACCAUGGGCAAUAGAGAUUGUGCAAGAGGCCAAUGAUGAUUAG